GGGGGAGGGGCUUGUUGUUUUGACCCAGGCUGUUGUGGUGAUUGUUUCUUGUGUAGAUAAACAAGCUCUUCCUAUAAACAUAUCAGAGGCAGGUUGCAAUGAGCAAAGCUACUGCUGCAUUGAGAAGGGGAGGUGUUCGACUGCGCUCACUGGGUAGUGGCCACGCCCCCCUAAACCUCCUCAUCUCUGAGCAGUCCAACACACGUCAGAAGUACAAGGACCUGAUAGCAGCUCAGGUGUCAUUCUCCCAGACCCUAGAUCGGUGGUCACAAGAGGAGGAGAACCCAGCACUACAAGAUGUCCUCCAUAAUGUCACAGAGCUCAACCUUCUCUGGGCUGAGGCUCAGAGAGACUUUGUAGUCUCACUAAAAGAGUACAAGAAAAUAUACGAAAAGAUUCGUGAUAUGGAGAAGAAAUUGAAUACAGUCAGAAAGCAGUUGAGCACUCUUGAAGAAAAGGAGAAGAAGCUUCAGAAAGAGAUAGUGAAGGGAAACAAAGAUCUGUCAGCAACUCGAGAUAAACUGAAACAAACCUCAGACUCCAAAAUGUUGGCCCAAGCUGAAGUGAGUGGUUUGGAGCGUGAGAAUGAAGCUGUCAAGUUAAUGACAGUCAAGAGUGGACUGCUAGAUCUAUCUCAAGCCUGGGGUCUCAUAGGAACCAAGUGCAACCUCAUAGCUGACUCACAGAAGGAGCUAGCUUUGCUGAUGCCUGAUGUUGGUUCUUCCAGAGUACAGGAGAUCCCCACUUACACUGGUGCUAGAGAUUCCAGUAGGAUUGUAUAUAACGCUCGCUCUAAGAUAGAGCUGCUCCUCCCUCCGCAGUACAGCACAGACCAAUCCUAUAACUCUGAGUUAUCCUACACAUCAAUGGAGCCAACCAUUCUCAAGAGGUCAACUCUGUCUAGUAAACCCUCGCGACCUCCGACCUCUACGACUAGUAGUAGCAGCACCCUCCGGAUCCCCUCUGCUAACAACGACUAUGAAUAUGCUGAUGACUCUUUUGACAGCUUUGAAUCUGACUAGUUUAACAUUAUGUGAUUAAAACAAUAAUAUAAUUAUUAUGUGUUUUUUAUUUCCAAUUAAUUAUUUAUGCAUUGUGAAGUACAAAAGAUGUUUAUGAAGUUCAUUUCUGA